GAUUCCUCUCGAUGUGUUUUGCAUAAUGAGCAUGUUAGAGAGCUAGAGAGCUCUGACUUUAUUCCCACAUUCUCUGCCCCUGACAGCCUAUUACAAUAUUUAUGAAGUGGGGAUGUGCACUGUACUGUAUGACUUGAUAUACAUGCCCUCUGCUGAAAUGCAGCAAAGCACCAGCUUCUGCCUGCAUGAUCGGUCCAUUACGGUACUUCACAGCUAUCUAGCAGCAGAGCAGAGGAGCCUGACAGAUGCGGAGGCAGAGAAGAGGGAGAGGACAAGAGAAGCACAGCAUGCUGUAAAACCAGACUUCAGCAGCAACCUAAUUUUUACUACAGCAAAGGUACAGUAUCAGUCCUUGUUUUCUCUUUUCAGUCUUUAAAGCAUGUCUGUAAUUGUCGCCAGUCAGUUACCUAAGCAGUGAGCAGAGAUUUCUUCUGCAGUAUAAUUUGUAUGAAUGCUCAGUAUCUGUGUCCAGCCACAGCGCGUUUUGUCCCCCUCCUCAUCAUGGUGAGGAAGGGCUCAGAGCUGCUGAAGGGAGACAGAGAGGUCCUUCUAGAUCUGGACUAUGGGGGUGAGGCACAAACCACAGACAGCUAUGGGAGCCUGCAGAACGGGAGCUUCAUCCCGCCGAGAUGUCUUUCAGCCACAUCUGCUGCUGAAGACAUAGAUGGUGAUGAUCCCAUUCAUAUUCACUGUAAUGCGAGAAGAAACCAGCCACUUCCACAGCUGGGCAAUUACUUCAGAGAUAGAAGAACCAAAAUUGACUUUGUACUGGUGUGGGAAAUUCGCUCGCAGAGGAAGCGGCGAGGGAAAGGGAAAGUGACCGGCGAGCAGGGGGAGGCUGUGCCCACAGAGGACAACAGCAGGUCUGAAAAAAGGAAGGCUCAGCUGGCACAGUGGAGGGAGAAGUUUGUUCAGAAUCUGGAGAGUGCUGGAUUGCUCAUGGAAAAGGAGGAAACAGCGAAUGAAAAGAAAACAAUACAUUUUCUGAAGCUCAGCGCUCCUUGGGAUGUGUUGGUGUAUUAUGCUGAAGAACUCUGUGUGAGAGCUCCGUUACAGGCACAGCCAAAUCUGGACCUGAACACAUCUGCUCGGGUACUGAGUAGACUAUGCAUACCUAAUGUGAUGAUGGAGUCAGUGCCAAACAGGCCUCUGGACUAUUACACAUGUGCCUUUCGCAAGUCAAAGAUGAACAGGUUCCUUGGCUCUGACGACCAUGAAAACUACUUCACUAAUACACAGAGACACCGUAUUGUGUAUGAGAUUCUUGCCAGGACAGUAUAUGGCAAGAGGAAGAGGGCUGAGGUUGGUGUGGACAGACUGGUAAAUGAAGGGGUCUACACAGCAGCUUUCCCCCUGCACGAGGGUGCCUUUCAGCUACCAACGUAUGAGAUUCGUCCCGACGAGCUGAACCAGAGGCAGAUUCUUUAUCACUACUGGGCCUGCUGGGGCAAAUGGUACAAGUACCAACCUCUGGACCACAUAAGGGAGUACUUUGGAGAGAAGAUUGCAUUCUACUUUGCCUGGCUAGGUUUCUACACAGCCUGGCUGCUGCCAGCAGCAGUGGUUGGAAGCCUCGUCUUUGUAUCUGGAGUCAUGUUCAUGGGUACCAACACACCAGCCAAGGAAAUCUGUAACAGUGGAGCUAGUUAUCUGAUGUGUCCCCUCUGCAACACAUGCAAGGCCUGGAACAUGUCUGACAUCUGCACCAUGGCCAAGAUGGGCUACCUAUUUGACAACCCAGGUACGGUCUUCUUCAGUGUGUUCAUGUCCUUCUGGGCUGUCACCUUCCUGGAGUACUGGAAGCGAAAGAUGGCCACUCUGGCCCAUCACUGGGACUGCAUGGACUUUCAUGAAGAAGAGGAACGUCCUCGGCCAGAGUUUGCUGCCAUGGCCCCAAGUAUGGAGGAAAACCCAGUGACUGGGGUCAAAGAGCCUUACUUUCCAGAGAAGACCCGGUUGUCCCGCAUGUUCACUGGCUCCAUGGUCAUCAUUAUGAUGCUGUGUGUGGUAAUGAUCUUCUUGGUGACGGUGGUCAUGUGUCGUGGAAUCAUCAGUGUGAUGAUGUUCCACACUGGGAGUCCCGUCCUGCGUACAGAGGCAGGGACCAUAGCCAACAUCUCCAGCAGUAUUGUGAAUCUGGGCCUUAUCCUGUUGAUGGGCAGAGUCUACACUGCAUUAGCUGAGCAGCUCACUAAAUGGGAGAUGCAUAGAACACAAACCCAAUAUGACAAUGCAUUCAUCUUCAAAGUGUUCAUCUUCCAGUUUGUCAACUUCUACUCAUCCCCCUUCUAUGUGGCUUUCUUUAAAGGAAGGUUUGUGGGUUACCCCACCAACUAUGGCACUUUGUUUGGGAUGAGAAAUGAAGAUUGUGGUCCUGGAGGCUGCCUCAUUGAACUGGCUGAGCAACUAUUCAUCAUCAUGGUGGGAAAGCAACUCAUCAACAACAUUCAGGAGUUCAUUAUUCCUAAAGUGAAGGCCUGGCGCCAGAGGAGAACUUUGUCCAAGGUGUUGGGGGGUAAAGCAUCCCAUCAGCCUCAUCGCUGGGAGGAAGACUACCAGCUGGUGGAGUGUGAAGGCCUGUUCGAAGAGUACCUGGAGAUGGUGCUCCAGUUUGGGUUCAUCACCAUCUUCGUGGCAGCGUUCCCCCUCGCUCCGCUCUUCGCCCUACUUAACAACUGGGUAGAAAUCCGUCUGGACUCACACAAGUUUGUGUGCGAGUACCGCCGACCGGUGGCUGAGCGUGCCCAGAACAUCGGAGUCUGGUUCAAUAUACUGGAAGCUCUGUCACACCUGUCUGUCAUCGCCAACGCUUUCCUAAUAGCCUUCACAUCAGAUUUUUUACCCCGCCUGCUCUACCAGUACAAGUUUGAUAAUGAUCUCAAUGGAUACGUCAAUUUCACCCUGGCUUACGCCCCACUUAACUACACUGAGUACCCUAAGUGCAGAUAUAAAGCAUACAGAGACAACACUGGAAACUACUCACUGUUCUACUGGGAACUUCUUGCUGUCAGACUUGGUUUUAUCAUUGCUUUUGAGCAUGCGGUGUUCUUUGUGCUGCGAGCCAUCGACUGGAUCGUCCCCGAUGUCCCCGAAUCCCUGGAGUUGAAGAUCAAGAGGGAACGUUACCUGGCCAAGCAGGCUCUGACCGAAAACCAGGAAGCUCUGUUGGUGAGUCGAGGCCGAGGGGCCGCCCCUGCCACCCCAGGCACAUCCAGCCCAGCAAGCGACACAUCCUAUGGAAACAUGAGUUAGAACUCCAGCAUGGAAAAUGGGUGGUUUGAGAGGAGAACAGGAGGAACAUUGGAGGAAUAAAAGACACUCCUUCACAUCUGGCGUAACACGAGCGAACUUCUUCUCUAAAUGGAAUACUGUCUUUGCACUGGAAUUUUGUUUUUAUUUUACCGCAUAUUGUUGUACUGUUGCACAGACAUGAUCAGCGAGUGUGUAAUAAAAAAAAAGCUAAACUCACUCAUAACUCAGAUUACCCACCGUUUCAUUUGGAGAUCACAUUUCCUC